CUCUCGCAAAUCGGUAAAAACCCCAGGGUUGUCUGCAAUUCCCCAAAUCAAAUCCCUCUGCUCACUCUCAGUGAAUCAGUCGUUCUUGCUCCUCCGUGAUCGGCGACUAGUGACCUCCGUCAACUGUGAAGCUGUGUGAAACUCAGGCGAGGCGGUUAACUCUAGUCAUGGUGUUGUUAUUACUAUGCUGAUGUCGCUUCUUAUGCUGUUCAUUUCUUCUUGCAUUUCUUGAUAUGUUUUGUCGUGCUAGAUUGGGAGGCUGGUCACAUUUGCAAAGCUUAAUGCUUGCAGUGUACAUUGGAAGGUUUAUGAGCAAUUGACUUCAUGGUUUUAGAAUUCUGAGCACUCAACUCUAUGAGCAUGGACAAACUGAUCCCAGACUGCCCAUACCCUGGAUGUUUCUUUUGUGUCAUGAAAGAAGGGAACCCAAACAAGCGGAGAGCUAGCAUCAUGAAGUUUUUCCGAGAGCUUCCUUCACAAGAUGACGAUGGUCAAGUUCUCCCUAUAAGCGGUCUUUGGAAUACGGCUAUGGCACACCCUAAUGAUCCGGAGUUCAUUGAGUUGGGUAUAUUUGAAUGCAUGGCAGCACUCAUAUGGAAGGGCUUGAAAAAUCGCCGCUGGUUGUCUCAUGAUCAGAAUAUCUAUAUCCCUUAUUAUGCUGCACAUAUAAUUGGAUCCUACACCAUGAACAUGGAAGAUUUUGCUGAAACUGCCAUCAAUGCUGGGGUAAUCCCUCCUUUGGUUGAACUUCUAAGGGGUAGGUUGACUUGGGUUGAACAGAGAGUUGCUGUACGAGCUCUAGGGCACUUAGCUACAUAUGCAAGUACUUUCCCUGCUGUAGCAAAUCAUGGAGAGAUCCUUGAGCUUUGUAUCCAAUUAGCAAUGAGUUCCCUUGAGAUUGUCUACUCUCACUUUUAUCAGAACGCUGACAGAAGACUUAGUUAUCAUUGUGAUCUUCUUACACGUGGUAUGGGUGGUGUAGAGAUGGAAUCGAGGAAAGCUGAGGAAUGGGCUAGUCAAUUACAGUGCUGGUCUCUUCAACUUAUAAAUUGUUUUGCCUUUAAGCCUGAGUUUCUUUCUACAAUAUGCAAACCAGAAUUUCUUGUAAAACUUCCUGGUAUGUGGGGUGGACUCGUGAAUGAAAAUUCACCAGCGGGUAUUGGCUUACUAAGAACAAUCUGUCAUCAUAAGUUUGGAAGAGGACCGGUUAGCAGCUGCCCUGGUGUAAUCGAGGCACUAUGUAAUAUUGCACGCUCAUCGGAUGACUGGCAAUACAUGGCUAUUGAUUGUCUUCUAUGGUUGCUCCAAGACCCUAAUACGUUCCAUAAGGUAAUAGAGAAGGCAGCACCUGCAGUUCUGGACCUAGCAGAGAUCUCAACUCUUGGGGAUCAUAAGAAGCUUGGAGAUUCCAUCCUCAAUGUUCUCCAGGAAUGCAUUCAAUCACAUGGGACAGGUCGCAACUCUGUCAGUAAUCGAACAAAAGAAGAUGUUGAAGAAAUAUUGCAUUCAAGGGAGAGAUUCAAAUGGGAAAAGAGUAUGCCUAAAGAGGAUCUCCAUAUUAAACAAGCUGCAGCGUUGGUUGUAAAACUGGAAGGCAAUUCCCUAUUUUCAUCAGGAAAUAUCUCGGGAGCAGCAUCAAAGUACUCAGAGGCACUAGCAUUGUGCCCGGUAAGAUCUAAGAAAGAGAGAGUUGUGUUGUACARCAAUCGUGCCCAGUGUWAUCUUUUGUUGCAACAACCAUUGGGUGCUAUAAGUGAUGCUACUCGUGCUCUUUGUCUUCAUWRCCCGGUUAAUCGACAUGCCAAAAGCCUCUGGAGAAGAGCACAGGCUUAUGAUAUGCUUGGUCUAGCUAAAGAGAGCUUGUUGGAUGCUAUUCUGUUCAUAAACGAGUGCUCUCAAUCAACAGAUCCUGAUUUGUCUUCUAGACAGAACAAAGUCCCCGAUUAUGCAGAGCGGUUGGUUAAGAAGCAGAUGCGUGCUGCUUGGUUGUUUAGGGAAGCUGCUAUUAAACAUGGGGGCAUCGAUUGUGAGGCGGAUGUUGGCGAUGUCUAUGGGCAAGGAAGUGAUGACUCUGAAUGGGAGACUGCCAGUGAAAGUGAUGUAGGAAAUGAUGCCAGAAAAGAGAUGAGCAACAAUGAUGGUGAAUGGAUAAAUGAUGAGGGAAUUACAGACAAGAAUGACAAACAUGCUACAAGAGAAAUGAAACGUUGAUCCAACGUGCAACUCGUAGAAGAUGAAAACAUGAUAGUAAUGGUCAAGACAAGCCGUAGAAAGAGAACCAAGCGGAUUUUCAUCUUUUCAACACUUGUGCCCGCCAGUCUUUGAGGUCCCUGCAAAGGCAGAUGACCCCGUUGCUUCGCUUGCUUAUAUUGUGUUUGUAUUUUCCUCUUCGCAUAUUUCGUGUUUAAAUAUGAUUGCAAUUUCAAACGAUUGUACAUUAUUAUAAUUAUUUCUUCCUGUAGUUUUGGUGUGCAUCUUUGUUUUGAGUGAUUUACGAUGUAUAGACCCUCGGGGACUUUUGAGUAAUAAUAGUUUUUA